AUUUAGGUCCCCUUUAAGCAAAAUGUACUUGAUUUUGGAAUCCUUACGAAAACAUGACCUAGACGGCUUCGUCUCCGGUGAGUUCCCAGUCGGACCGCCGUCGUCCAUGAAAUCGCUGGAGAAUUUUCCGUAGACAUGGCACAGGGCUGCUUGAACAUUCUAGACAACAUGCAUUCUAUAAAGGUUACUUGGUCUGGGAGAACAUUUGCCAUAGCUAAGUCCAAUGAGUCUGGUGGCAAGAAGUCUCGCAAUCGGAUCCCAAGAGAGGAGAGAAAAGCAUUGGUGGAAUCUUUUAUAAAGAAGCAUCAAAGGCUGAACAGUGGGAAUUUUCCAUCUCUUAGCCUCACACACAAGGAAGUUGGUGGAUCUUUCUACACUAUAAGAGAGAUUUUCAGAGAGAUAAUCCAAGAAAAUAGGGUCCUUGGUCCUGCGGAUUUGAUUUUUGAGGAAAAAGGCACUGACCAGGAACAAGAACAAAGUCAAUCAAUUUCAAUCUUGACGGGACCUUUGGCACCUUUAUCUUUGUCCCCUAAUGGGAGCUUGCUUGAUUUAGAUCACAGGCAGCAUAUGCUAGACAAGUUUGUGGUAGUUCCCAGUACUUGUUCUUCUGAGGCCGAGGUAGCUAAGACACUUGGAGAUGGGGAAAAUAUCAAUGGGAGCCAAGAAGGCAAGAAAGAUAGAGAAUCUCACGUAUUGGUUUGCGGGAAAUCAGAAACAAGUCAAAGUUUGGAAGAAAAUGCAGGAUUGCUUGUGCAAUUUUCUCCGAGUUCCGCUUCUGAAAUAUCCGAGUUUCUUCCUGCAUCGCGCAGAGAGAACAAUGUGUCGGAGCAUGAUAUGGCCAUGCACGAGAGUGCAGAGAGCCUAAAUGGUAGUUUUCCCGUGAAACAUGGAGAGAGAAAGAUUGAGAAUGGGAAUAAUGUCCAUGGAAUGCAUUUUGAUAUGGAUGAUAAGAAAAAUGUGGAAGUCAUUUGCAGUGAGUCAAAAGCCGCAGAACCAGUUGAAGUAGACAAAACAGUGAAGGAUGAUACAGAAGCAAUGACCGAAACGAUGAACUUAACAGGGAGCAUGUCAGACACAAUCACUACGAUGAUUGACAUGUCUGAAGGUAUAGUUGUCGAGACUUUUCCAUUCCAAGACUCGUGCAAUCAACAGACUGGUGAAUUGGAGAAUUCUAAAGAGACUGGAAAAACAGGAAUCGGGACUGAGGGAAAGACUUUGGAGGCUGAUAGCAGCGGCGUAAAUACAGCCGGUCGAGAAGUGUCUUUAGCUACUUCACUCAUAACAGGCGAAAAGAAGACGGGAGUCAUUGUUGACCAACCGGGAAAUAAAACUUUUGAUCCAUUAGUUGGAGAAAACAUUAUAAACCCUGCAUCGAUACAUAUUGAGUGCGUGAAUGAUGAAGACUCUGUGGUCAUGGAUGCCUUGUGCAACAAUGUCGAUGAAACCGGAGAAUCUAGCAAUGGAACCUUGAGUGCCUGGACAAGUGAACAGAAACUGCCAACUUACAGUAACGAGUCAGGAAAAGCCGAGAACAACGGUACAGAAACUGAUGGUAAGAGUAAUGUCGAAGAAGCAGCAGUUGCCGAGGGGGAGACAACAAUGGAAGAUGGCGAAAUCGAGGCAAUGGCAGGUUCCAGUUCUCGGGAAGGAAGCAUCCCAACACUGAACAGAAUCAAACCCGAGUCGUGGAAAGACGGGUCAGUGGAAACAAACCCGUUUGUGGCGAUUCUGAAAUCGUUCAUAACAGCGUUUGUGAAGUUUUGGUCGGAAUAGUGCAAUAGAGAGCUUGGUCUGUCUGUGUCUGGCCUAAACUACUCGAGUCCUCUAUUGUCACUUCCCAGAGUCUCUGUUCCCUUCCUUGAGUUGGUAGUUUCAGUUUAGAUUUGGCGUGAGAUCCACUUCUAGAGUAUAUUGUUUGCAUAA